AUGCCAUCUUCUCUACCUUAUUCACAAUCAAUGAGCCCGAAAGGUCCUCAAUCUCCAAGUAAGAGCAUAAAUGAUUCUCAAGUGACGAAAAAAAAGAGAUAUAGACUCUCAUUUGUAUGUCAAGGAUGUCGUAGAUCCAAAGUGAAAUGUGAUCAAGAAAAACCUGUUUGUUCAAGGUGUUCUAAACAUGAUCUAGAGUGUGUUUAUGAUGUAACAAAGCAACAUGCCCCAAGAAAUCCUAAUAAAGCUGCCACUAUGGCAAGACUGCGAAGAGAAGUGGAAUAUUGGAAGAAGAAGGUGGCGAGUCUUACUGAAGAGAAUGCUCCAAUAUCAAACGGGAAUAACGAAAAUGAUAAGUUCUGGGAUUUGAAAGUUAACUUAUACAAGACUUAUCCGCGUUUAAUCAUAAGUUCUGUGCUGAAACGUGAAGUGACACCUCUCUCUGAGAAUUAUCUAAUCAUACACGACAGAUUUCUUUGCACAUUAGCAUCAUCUAUCUUUAUAAAUGCACCUAAGAAUUCAUUGGUCAGUGCCCUCGUGACAGAUGUUAAUGUGAAUAAAUCUCAUCCUCAUUUAAGAGAUGUCACUUUAAAGAUGAAGGAGACAUUGAAAAACAGACACCCUGAUGGAUAUGAAAGGGAACGAAUUGAUAAAUUUUUUGAUAGAAUAGUCCAACUUAGAGGAUUUAGUGAACAGGCUCAAUAUCAACAUAUUAUGCAAAUGUUUGCAAAUUCAACUUCUACUGAAUAUUUAGAAGACAACUGUCCAGGAAAUAAUGAAUAUUCAAAUACUUUACGUGAGAUAAUAGAUCAUUUUCAAUCAAUCUUGCCUCCAUAUGCCGUUAUCAUGUGCCAUAAACAACAUUUCUAUGAGAAUGUUUACCCAUUCUUACCCUUUAUUGACAAGGAAAUGUUUGAAGAAUCAUUGAAUGUUAUUCUUUUCCCUGAUCAAACAGAUCCUUCCAAAAUAAAAUUAAAAUUAGGUAACACGAGGCUUAGAUCUAAAGUCGAAAGUAUUGCAAUUUUGUCAGUAAUCUUAAAAUUAUCAUAUAUUUCAUUAAAUUCCGUAACAUUCGGAAAUAUGGAAGUUAAAAAUUCAUAUGUGACUAAAGCAAUGUUGCAAGAUUAUCCUAUAUCUGAUGAAACGGUCUUGGUUGCCCAAAAAUGUUUAGUUGCUGAGAAUUGGAUUGUUUGUGUCAAUGAAAAUACAAUAUCAUGCCUACUAUACAUUUGGUCAUUCCAUGUCUUUGCACCAGAAAAUGGUGAUUUUUUCCUAGAGUGCCCUUCUGAUAUUUUAAGCAAUCUAAUCAUAAUAUUGGCCACUUCAAUUGGAUUGAACAAGGAUCCGUCAGUUCUCCCACUUUUAAAUAAUCCUGAUAUGUCCGAUCCUAGAUUGUUGAAUUUACGAAGAAUGCAAUGGCUUGGUGUAGUAGCAAUGGCAUCUAUGGAAUCAAAUUUAAAAGGUAGGCAGUUAUUGUCACCUACAGAGUUAAUGAAUUAUUUCAUUGACAGAAAUGACCCAAAUGCGUUAGAAAUCUACAUGAAAAGGAUCCAAAAAGAUUUCAACAAAUCUGUAUUAUCCUCAUUGGUUACAAAUAGGUAUAUGUUGCAAAUCCAUGAACUGUCCUUUAAGAGAACUCAGUUAGCUUUAUUAUUGGCUGAUUUGAAUCGUGUGACAAUGUCAUACAAGACUGGGUUUUCGUUAAGGUCUGUUGAAAAUUUAAGAAAAAAAAUCAAUAGUGUUAUAGAUGAAGAUUUUGAUUUUAUUGAUUUGAAUGAAAUUACAGAGAUAGACAAGAAAAAUGGGAAUAUUUCAUUGUUGGCCACCCAGAAUUCAAUUGCAUUUCUUUCCAGAGUAAUGAGCACAUUGAUUUUAACAAGAACGUCUAUGGCUUUACUAUUACAUUUUGAGAAACGGUGUAUUACAGAAAAAGAUACAAUGUUACCAUAUUUUGCACAUUAUUUCCUUCAAGGAUGUCUUGAUUCCAUUUCAUUGGCUUCUCAUUUUUUGAAUUAUUAUCAAGGUAAUAUGACAUCGAAGAUAUCACCUCUAAUGGGAUACACUGUUAGUAAAGAACUGCAACUGAGUCUUUCUAGUACAUUAUUUAAUCUGCUUGUUAUUAUAAUGAGAUUACAGUUUACCGAACAGAUGGCUAAUUGUUAUGUUCCAUCAGGACUUACUGAGGAUCUGCAAAAGAUUGAGAUUAUCACGUCAUUAAGAAUGAAGUUGGAGUUAUUACUGAAAAAUGUUUAUUUGCUUGCAUCUGAACAUCUGAGGUUUGUCUACUUCUCUGUAUUUAAACUAUUAUCUCUAUUUGAUUUAGUAAUUCAGAAAGUUCAAAAUGGAGAUCUUUUAUAUGAUCUAUUCAAUAAGACUCCAACUACUGAGAUUGAACCAAGGGUUCUUCUAUUCUUGAGGGCAACAUUUAAUAUUGACGUCAAAGAUAAUGAACCGUUAGUCCAUAAUUUAAAGGAUCAUUACAUGUUAACUAGUUUAUCUGUAGAACAAUUGCAACAUGUAUUGGAAGAAGUAAUUAAAACCAUACGAAACACUCAAAUUUCAACAUCUACAACUAUGGCAGAACCUGAAGGAACUUGUACCCCUAUGAAAAACUUCGAUUCUAUUAACUCACCCACUUUAGGAACGUAUAUUAGGGAAGCCAACAACGAAAGCAGAAACUCGUUGGAACCAGAAGCUGACAGUGGGGGGUUAAGUGGUGAGGUAAAUAUGGAUUUACCCAAUACCUUGAUCAAUGAUGAUGUAAUAAUGAGUAUUCCCGAGAUAUUUAGUAGUCUGGGAGUUUCUGAAUUUGACUUACUAUUUAAUAAUGAAUAA